AUGCCUAUUCCGCUAUCAAAUUUCGCUCCGGCAUUAGUACUGAACCUUAUAUGUCCAACUGUUGAGCAAAUAACCGAUGCCAUCAAUAGCCAACGCGAAAAUAUUGCAUGCGGCCCAGACGAAAUCCCGGCGGCUGUAUUAAAACGAAACGUCAGUAUCAUUUCAAUACAGCUGCACCAUAUUUUUAAAUUAUCCAAAGAAACAAGAGAAUUUCCUGAUAAAUGGAAAGUUGCUACAGUCAAUCCGACUUAUAAAAAGGGUCCUAAAAAUAUUGUGUCUAAUUAUAGACCAAUAUCUCUCCUUAGUAUCGCUAGUAAAUUUCUUGAAAGGUUCGUUUAUAAUCAACUUUCUAACCAUCUUAAUUCAAACAAUUUUUUUUCAGAUAACCAGUUUGGUUUUAGGCCCAAGACCGCAACCAUUGAUGCACUUCUUUACCUAUUAAAUAACUUGACAAAGAACCUAAAUACACAACCACCAGUAGAUACCAUCUUGGUCGCAUUUCAUUUAGUAAAAGCCUUUGAUAAGUUCUCGUUUCAAAUUAUUCUAUCGCGUUUAGCGCUGUUAGGUUUGUCAUCGAAUGUGCUAAAAUGGUUUACUAGUUAUUUAACUAACCGCUUUCAGCAAGUACGUGUUGGCGCUGCUUUAUCUACGCCUACGCCAGUGCUCUCCGGGGUAGUACAAGGUUCAGUUCUUGGUGCCUUACUUUUCCUUAUUUUCAUAAAUGAACUACCAACUGUAGUCCAAUUACCAGCAGACAGCAUACUUUUCGCUGAUGACUGUACACUCUACUGUCCAAUGGCCUCGUCUGAUAUGCCAGCUGUAUGUCAAGAGAAUAUUGAGAAAGUAUGUAACUGGUGUACCUCAAAUCUGAUGUCUUUAAACGCAAAUAAGUGUGCCUGGAUGUUUGUCUCUAAUAUACCAAGUAGAGCUAAUAAUUUACAGUUCACAUUGGGUGAUAGUACAACCAUAGCACACGAACCUUCCCUUAUACUCUUAGGUCUUAAAGUCAGCUCUAAUCUGAGAUGGCGCGAACAUAUUGAAGAUGUCGUACUAAAUUGUAGAAAACGACUAGGCGCUAUGUACAGACAAUUUAAAGCGAUUGGAACUCUCUCCCCAGCACUGUAG